AUAAAAUAGAGUUUGGAACCAAGAAUAAAACGAAGGAAUAGUCAAAUUAUCAACUAGGAAUGAGGAAUAAAACGAAGAAUACCUUCAAGAUUUUAAUAUAAAAAAUGCGAGGAAUUAAGUUUGCCCACCACAUGUUUGAUUGGAUUCCGCAAAGGAUUGGUAAAAGUAGAUAUGGAAGCAUGACUUACAAGGAUUGCGAAAGUCCACGUUUUAUAGAAUCCACACUUGCUUUGGUUGCAUUUGCUUUUGUUUAUGUGCCUUUGCAUUGACCCUUUGAGUGGUUUCAAUGCAACUGCUGCAAAGGCUAAUGUGGGAAUCAUUCUUGAUCUCGACGGAACUGUGGGAAAGAUAUGCUAGUCCUCUAAGGCAAUCGAAGAUUUCUACUCCAACCGCGAUUACAACACCAUGAUCGAGCCUCAUUUCAGAGAUUCGAGGAGUGAUGUUGUUACUGCAGCUUCUGCAGCUAUAGAUUUGUUAAAGAAUACUCAAGUGAUGGCGAUAAUCGGGCCACAAAGAUCCAUUCAAGCAGAUUUUGUGAUAGAUAUUGGUGACAAGGUGGAAGUUCCAAUAAUAUCUACAGCAACGAGCCCGUCUGUAUCCCUGAAAAACUCAUCGUACUUCAUCAGAUCAGCAUGGUCUUCCUCUUCUCAGGUCAAACCAAUUGCAGCAAUUGUGAAGAAAUUCGGAUGGAGGGAGGUUAUUUUUGCGUACGAGGAUUCAACCUAUGGAAGCGGAUUAGUGCCGUAUUUGACUGUGGAUCUGCUAAAGAGCAAUGCUGUGAUCUCACAGCAAAGUGUUAUUUCUUCUGAUGCCAAGGAGGAUCAAAUCCGACAGGAGCUCGGCAAGCUGAUGAAGAUGAGGACGAGGGUGUCCGUGGUUCAUAUGCUGCCAGGCCUUGCAUCCCGUUUCUUCAAGAUGGCGAAAGAGGCAGGGAUGAUGGGCAAGGGGUAUGCUUGGCUAAUAGCUGACGUGCUAACGAGUCUCUUGGAUUCUAUGGAUCCACAGACUAUGGAGACGAUGCAAGGUGUAAUAGGUGUGAAGGCUUACGUUCCAAAAUCCGGUCAGCUUAAUAACUUUGAAAAGAGAUGGAGAAAGAGGUUUCAUAUGGCGAAUCCAGAGAUGGACAGAACAGAACUCAAUAUUUUUGGUCUGUGGUCUUAUGACAGCAUCACAGUUUUGGCAGAGGCAAUCGAACGAGCUGGUGUGACAUCCCCGCAGUUCAAUAGAUCGGUUGAUGGAGCAAAUUUGACAGAUUUGGGAGCAAUAGGAACAUCAUUGGCCGGACCAUCACUUGUUGGUUGGAUCAGAAACCACACGUCAAGAGGGCUGAGUGGUGCUUUUAACAUAAAUAACGGCCAACUGCAGCCAUCUGCAUUUAGGAUAGUUAAUGUGAAUGGCGGGAAAGAAACCUCAGUUGGAUUCUGGAGUGAACAAUGUGGUAUCUCAAGGGAGCUUAAGCCAGCUGGUCAUCAAGAUAAUUGCUCAUCCAAAACAGAAAAUCUCGACCCCAUUGUAUGUCCAGGGAAAGAAAGUAAAGUGCCUAAAGGGUGGGAAAUUCCUGUGAGUGGGGAAAAGUUUAGAGUUGGAGUUCCAGCCAAAGCCGGUUCCAAUGAAUUAAUUGAAGUUAAAAACAAUGAAGAAACAGGUGCUGUUGAACAAAAGGUUUUUCCAUUGAUGUUUUUGAGAAGGUUUGGGAAAAAAUUCCAUAUAAUGUCCCAAUCGAAUAUGUUUCAUUUGAAGCAGAAGAAGAUGAAGGUUAUGAUGAACUUAUUCUAAAAUUAGCCGAAAAGGAUCUUGAUGUCUUCGUGGCAGACAUAACGGUCACAGCUAGCAGAUCCAAGUACUUAGAUUUAACGUUCCCUUACACAGAAUCGGGAGUUGGCAUUGUUGUUCCUAUCAAGCCUAACGGGAGGAUGAAUGCUUGGAUAUUUAUGAAACCUCUAACAACCGGCCUCUGGCUAACCAUUAGCGCGUUCUUUGUCUACACUGGAUUUGUCAUUUGGGUUCUUGAGCAUCACGUAAAUAAAGCAUUCCGGGGUCCACCUAACCAGCAAGUUGGGAUGAUAUUCUGGUUCUCAUUCUCAACGCUUGUUUUCGCACAAAGGGAGAAAGUGAGGAGCAACUUGACAAGAUUUGUGGUGAUUGUAUGGGUGUUCGUGGUGCUGGUUUUGACGUCAAGCUACACUGCAAACUUGACGUCCAUGCUAACCGUAGACCAACUGCAGCCUAAAAUCAACGACAUUGAUGACCUGAUAAUGAAUGGUGUUAGGAUUCGCACACACAAGGCUUUCACACACUCAAUAAGAUCACACACACACUCACUGUUGUAUGAGAUCACACAAUGCAGAAAACACACACACUCACACUUUGAGUAUUG